AUGUCUUUCCAAACACCGGAAUCUGACAAAACUCAGCAGUUUACUAAUGAACCCGCCUACAAACGUACAAAACGAAAUCAUAGUACCCAGAAUUCUCUUAAUGAUUUAGUUCAAGAGAAUAAACGAGAUUUUGUGAAAGUUUUCUCUGACGAACUUAACCUUCACGUCUUUAGGUAUUUGUCAGCUGCCGACUUGAGCAUUUGUACACGAGUUUCUCGGAAAUGGUGGAGAUUGGCUAAUGAUCGUCAGUUAUGGAAAAAUCUUUUCUUGUCUCGAUUCAAAGCUCCUAAACGUCCCAAUCUUACUUAUCGCCUUGAAAGUCUUCAAAUGAUUCCAUCCCAGAUUAAUAGCAUUCCAAAAUUUCAAAUAUUACCAGACAAUACAUGUGAUGAUAUGGCGGAUGAAGAAGAUUGGAAAAACAUAUAUAGAGUCAGUCACAAUUGGCAAACAGGAAAUUGUCGCGUGAUUGAUUUCAAACCUUACGUUGAUUUUAACAAAAAUCAAAUGCAUCAUUUUUCCUCUCUGGCCGGAUCAUCAAAGAUUCAACCUAAGAUUCAACCUAUUGAUUCUUUUACACAAUUUCAUUCCGAUCGAAUCCCUCCCGUCAAUUCUAACCCUCUUGUUCAAUUUACCAGACAUGUUAUUUUAACUGCUUCAUUUUCCAGUGCUAAGAACAUUCCCGAAGUGCAUCUUUGGCGCGCUGGAAAACAGAAUGAGCAUAUAGAUACUCUGCGUAGUGAAAUCUUGUAUAAGACCAUGCAGAAAUCUAAAUUUCCAAUUGUUGUCACUUGUUUGAAAUUGGAUAGCAAUGAAGGGAAAGACGAUACCGGAAUACAUAAAUUAAUAGCCGGAUAUUCAAAUGGAGGUUUUACCAUUUGGGAAUUUGAUUCAAUGGAAAGGUCAAGCACUGAUGAUAAAACUAUGAGAAAAUGGAGACACCGGGAAAUCUUUACCUUGCAUUCUUCACGCGCGCAGAAUCCGCUUAUUGCUUGUGCUUUACAUUUUCCAGUUUUGGUGACUUGUACCGAAGAUUUUGAGCUAUCAAUAUAUUUUAUGGAUUAUAAACUGAAUAACAGUGCUCAAUUUAAUUCAUCGAUCGAGGGUAAUGAACCAGUCGAGAAAAUUGAUUGUAGACUAGUUCAUCAAUUAAGAAGUUUUGUUUGUUGGGCACCAAUUGAAAUAUCUGUGGAAUCCAUCACAGAAAAUUCCAUACAAUCAUCAACAUUGAAUUAUUCCUCUCGAGACGUAUGGAAGGCAACGAUUGCUUAUUCGGUUCCUUUAUAUGGAGGUGGUUGGUCAGUUGGUGUUCAAGAAAUAAAAUUUUCAUCUGCGCAACUAAUUUCAACACGACAUUGUUCUUCUUUGCCAUCUUUUAUUCCAAUUCUCUCGGAGAAUAAUUCCGCCGAGAAUGUUGAGCAAUUUUCUUUUGCUCCCAUUACGACAAUCACAUAUAAUGCCGGUCAGUUAGUUACGGCACAUUUUGAUAAUACUUUACAAGUUUAUCACGUGUUGGAACAAGGAAGAAAGUUAGAGUGUAGACAUGAAUGUACAUUAUAUGGGCAUACGGGAAGCGUUAUGAGUGUUGCUUUAGACGAACAUGGUAAGCUAAUAACCGGAUCUAUGGAUCAUUCGAUAAAGAUAUGGGAUUUAGGAUGGAAUUUGGUGAAGAAUAAUGAAGGUCGAAAAAGCAAAGAUCGUGAUGAUAUUUUACGUUUAAAGAGUACAAAUCAUCAGGACACUGAAUUUUCAACGGUUGGAAUAAGCGCAAAGAGGAAGAAACAUGGUGAAUGUAUCGUGACUUUAAGCGACUCUUUAAAUAAUAUAAGAGAAAAUAAUAACUUUGGAAUAAAAUGGGUUGGAUUUGAUGAAGGAAGGAUCGUUAGUGUUUGUGGUGGUAAUACUACCAUCAUAAAGGAUAAAUCACGAGGAAGCAUCAAUAAUAAUAAAGGGACAUUAAAUCCUCCACCAGGAUGGACAGAUUCAGUGUCAAGAGAAAAGGUUGAUUCUCAAUCUAAUGAUAUGGAAGAUGUGGGAAUAAUUAAAGUCUGGUCAUUUUGUGAUGAAUGA